UAGUACACGAUUCCUUCGGUGUUCCUUUUUCAUGUACCACACAUUGAUAUUCAUGGUCCCUUGGAGGUAGCGGUGGCUAAAACGGCCGGCCGGAACCGUGCCGUUACUGUGGACCAAUGGAGGCCCUUGCAUUGUCUAUUGGGAGGCAUUUCCACUUGAAGAGUCCACUCUGUAGCUCAAACUUCUUUCCAAUGACUUCUACCUCUCCGAUAGUCAAGAAUACUAGUCACGCAGCUCACCUUGUUAAGAAAGCAGGGUUUCUGUCUCUUCCUGGAGAAUUACGGUCUUACGUUUUGAGCUUCCUUCUUUGCCGAGAUCUACUUCGUUGUGCAUCUGUAUGUAAGGCCCUUCGCCUGACGUACAUCUCCUCUUCCCAGCUUCAGUACAUCGUUGAACUCAGUGGCCAGCAACUACUCCAUGUUCCAAACACGGACGACCACACUGCGACUUCCGAACGUCUACGACUCUUGAGGGACAGAGCCCACGCGUGGUUUAAGUUUGACUUGCACUCUUUCAAAACAAUCUUCUUUCCAACAGAAAUGUGCGAUGAAAGGAAAGCCGUUAUUGAUGGACAUUUCUCUUUAUGGGACAAAAAUACAGACCUGGCCUGGAUCAUUCCAAUAGUACCAAAGCGCUCACAACGAACAUUCGCGCGCGAAUGGUCUCCAGGAACGUUGAGUCCAAUGCGCUACUCCGAUGGUGUGUUCAUGGACCCAACACAAAACCUGAUUGCUGUCGUGUAUUUCGUUUACGACGAGACGGCCUAUAUUGACCUCAGAGCCUUGGAUGGUGAUAGUGUUCACCCCCAAGCUGCUGGGCCGAAACUGAUUCUGUUGGGGCCGCCCGGAUACGACGAAACCAGAUUUGCGACAACGCGUACGGAGCUUAAAGGUUUCGGGAGGCAUAUCGCUUUGCGACGCUCCUUGCUCGUUUCACGUGUCGAAACAUGGGCUUCGGAGAUGUGGCAGCUGCAGAUUUGGGACUGGCAACACUCGACGACUUCUAAUAGUGUCCUCAGCGACACAACGCGACUCGGCGAUUUUUGUUUCCUCGGAAGUAAUAGACUGCUAGUUGUCACCAUCGAUUUAAAGAUUUAUUCAAUCGAGGAUAUUUCUCAGACGCCGCAAUUGCUGGCAUGUUUCCAGUCGCCCGAGCGAUGGCUGGUCAAACAGUGUCUCCUUCCGAUGGAUGAUACUGAGCGGCGCAACGCAAACGCAAACGCAAACGCAAACGCAGAACAAAAAAUCGAUGUACACCUCGGACCCUAAACACCGGCUACUAUGCAUUACAACGGAUGCGAACCGAGUCUACAUCAUAUCCACCAGGAUUUUUUUCGACCUCGAUGGAAUGAUAGUAGCAAUGCCAAUACCAUGGGAUGACUGGGGCCCGUCAAAUGCUCGUAUUUUCCAGCACCCAUGUGAAUGCAAAAUUCACGUCAGCGGGAAUCGAGUCUUGCAGGCAUUCCCAGUUGGCACGCACGUGCGCUUCCCGGAAUGUCCUAAGGAGUAUAUAUUGCAUAUGAUGGACUUCAGUCCACUAGCUGUGACGAACAGGCGGGGUCUA